AUGCCAUCAGUUGUAUUAGCAUCAAGGGCUCACUUAUGUUUAUUGGAUGAUGUAAGAGAAAGCAAACAUUCACAAUUAAUGUGUCAAGAAAAAAGAGAUAAAGGGUUAUGUCCAUAUUAUCAUGAUAUAGAAGAUGAAAUACCAAUUAUUGCUGGAAUAGAUGAAUUAGUUCAAUUCGGUAAACAAUAUCAAAGAUGUCCCUAUUUCUGUUCAAGAAACAACUUUUAUAAAUCACCAUUUAUAGUUUGUACAUAUAACUAUAUUCUUGAUCCUAAAGUAGAAAAUGUUACUGUAGGUAAAAUGAGUGACUUACAUCAAACGCUGCUUGUUUUUGAUGAAGCACAUAAUGUAGAUAAUGUUGUUGUUGAUGCACAAACACUUACAUUAUCACUAGACACAUUAGAACUUGCAACAAUUUCAUUGAAUCGUCUUUCAAAACUUCUUUCAAUUGAGGCAUCAAAAAGACCUUUAGAAAAUGAAUAUAAACGACUUGUAGAAGGACUUAAACAUUCAGAAUUAACAAAAGAAACUGAAGAAGAAAGACAGAAACUCUUUUCUAAUAAAAAAACAACAAAAAGAAUAGAAGAAGAAAAUGAUAUUCCGAUUGAUACAAUAACUUCUAUUCAAUUUGUUAUUUUAAUGAAAGGUAUUGUUAAUUUCUUUAGAGAGAAAUUACGUGAAGCUCCCAUACACAAAAAACAACAUAUUAAUGAGCACCAUUCAAUUCCAAUUAAAAGUGUUGUUGAUUCAUUUUGUGAUUCUUUAGCAUUAACACCAGAGAUUGUUAGUCUUAUUCCUCUUAGACUUCAUUUACUUAUUAAAGCACUUGGAGAUGAAUAUGGAGGAAGACAAGACGUAAAAGGAGAUUCAUUUUAUUACGAUGACUUAUAUCUUGUAGCAGAUUUUGCAGCAUUACUCUGUUCUUGUCAAGAAGGAUUUUCUUAUGUCCCAGAUGUUGUGAAAAUGGAUAAAGACAAUUGUUUUCAUUGUGUAUUAAAUUUAAUUUGUGUUGAUGCAGCAAAUGCUAUUCAACCAACAUUAAAUAAAUUUCAUUCUAUUGUAUUCACGUCAGGAACAUUAAGUCCAUUAAAAACAUAUAUUAAUAUUCUUGGUUUAAAUAAUGUUGUUGAAGAAAAACAAAUAACAUCUUCUUUUAGUAAUACGAGAAGAAUUUGUCCAUUAUUUGUAACAAAAGGAUUUGACAGUAUUUCAAUUACGUCACAAACUCCCGAUACUUCAGGAACAGAAGUGAAACAAGAUAGAAUUUUAUUUUCAUCACAAUAUACAUAUAGAUCAAAUAGAUUAAUUAUUCAUUCUUAUGGUAGAUUAAUAGUAGAAUUAUCGAAAACCGUACCAGAUGGUAUUUUAUGUUUCUUUCCAAGUUAUUCAUAUAUGAAUAUUUGUAUUUCAUAUUGGGAUGAAAUGAAAAUUAUAGAGUCUAUCUAUCUUAAUAAACUAAUUUUUGUAGAGUCAAAUGAUGGUGAAGAAACAUCUCUUGCUUUUCAGAACUAUAGGUUAGCUUGUCAUACUGGUAAAGGUGCUAUAUUAUUUUGUGUUACUCGGGGUAGGUUAUCUGAAGGAAUAAAUUUUACAAAUCAUCUUGCUAGAGCUGUUUUAAUUAUAGGAGCUCCAUACCUCCAAUCAGAAAUUCUUACAAUUAAAGAACGAAUUGAAUACCUUGAUAAUAAAAAGGUUAUUUCAAAAGAUGAUUAUUUAAUAUUUGAUGCUAUGAGAACAUGUAACCAAUGUGUAGGAAGAUGUAUAAGAGGAAAAAAUGAUUAUGCUGUUGCAAUAUAUGCAGAUAAAAGAUAUAGAUUUAAUGAUAGUAAAAUUAUUUCUUCUAUGCCUCAAUGGAUUGUUGAUGCUUUAGAAAAAAGAUUUACUGAUAUUUCUGCUGAUCAGAGCAUUAAAUUAACAAAAGAGUUUUUGAUGAAUAUGAGUUAUUUAUUCAAUAACCAACCUAAUUUAAAAUCACAAAAAGGCAAGACAAUAUGGACAUUAGAAGAUAUUCAUAAAGAACAACUCAGUUCGUUUAAUGAAUGA